AUGCAAAGUUUACCAAGCCACCGCCAGGUUCUCACGGCCCUCAUUGAUGCCAUAUCCGCAGCAUGCACGGUGAAUGAGCAAGAGAGCGAUGCUGCCACACAGCCAACAGACAGGCGCCGUCUUUUCCUCACCCUCCAUGUGUUAUUCCCGAACCUUCUGCUCCCAGCCCUGGACCUUGUUGAUCGCAAACUUGUCACCCUGGUGACUCUGCACAGCGCGGCGGAGGACGAGCCACCAUGCUCCAUCAUCCUGGUCAAAUCGGCCGUGGCUAAACCGAUCCGACGUGGCCGCCCUCCUGAGCCGCCAAGGAACUACGUCGUGCGUCUCAGUGCAUGGAGUUGUAACUGCGCCAGCUUUUCUGUAGACGCCUUUCUCCCUACAUCGGGAGAACGAUCUACUUUCGCAGGUGGUGAGGUACAUGACCAUAGUGGGGGACUCUUUGGAGGGCUGAGCUCGGAUGGUAGUGCAGUUCCUGGCCAUGUUCCAUGCUGCAAACAUCUACUCGCCGCCGUGUUAGCGAGCCAAUGGGGCCAUUUGCUCGGUGGUUACAUGGAGAGAAGAUUUGUCACGAAAGAAGAGCUGGCGGGUCUUCUGGCUAGGAUCUGA